GAAAGAGAGUGAAGUUUGGGACUGUUAGAGAAAAUCAUCCAAUAUAAUUGAUAAGGUUCUUUGUUUUUUUUUCUUUGCAAAGCCUCCAACGCCGGUCAGACAUAGAGGGAACUAACCAAACCAUGGCCAUUCUGGCGCUCCCUUUACUCGUUUCCUUUCUAAAACCACAGACUGGUCGUUUAUCCUUCUUCCGCUUCUCCGGCAGGUCAAACCCUAGCCUCCUCCGUUUCAACCGCCGUCGCUUCACUACAACAACUGCCACUACUACAUCUUCAAUUCAGCAACACUCCUCAACAGGUCCGAACAAUGAGCAGCAGAAAUCUUCUAUCCCAACGUUUCAACAAGCCAUUCAACGACUGCAGGAGUAUUGGGCUUCUGUUGGUUGCGCAGUUAUGCAAUGCAGCAAUACAGAGGUUGGAGCUGGUACUAUGAAUCCUCUUACAUUCUUAAGGGUUCUUGGGCCUGAACCGUGGAAUGUGGCGUAUGCAGAGCCUAGUAUUCGGCCAGAUGAUAGUCGAUAUGGGGAAAACCCCAACAGACUUCAACGUCAUACUCAAUUUCAGGUUAUCCUAAAACCUGAUCCUGGAAAUUCUCAAGACCUUUUUAUUCAUAGCCUAUCAGCUUUAGGUAUUGAUGUCAAUGAACAUGAUAUACGAUUUGUGGAGGACAAUUGGGAGAGUCCAGUACUUGGUGCAUGGGGUUUGGGCUGGGAAAUCUGGAUGGAUGGGAUGGAAGUCACUCAGUUCACUUAUUUUCAACAGGCCGGAAGUGUUCAACUGUCACCAAUAUCCGUUGAAAUAACUUAUGGCCUUGAGCGGAUACUUAUGUUACUUCAGGGAGUUGAUCAUUUUAAAAAAAUUCAGUAUGCAGAUGGGAUCACAUAUGGAGAGUUGUUCUUAGAAAAUGAGAAGGAAAUGAGCGCAUAUUAUUUAGAACAUGCUAGUGUCAAUCAUGUUCAAAAGCACUUUGAUUUUUUUGAGGAAGAAGCUCGAUCCUUGCUUGCUUCAGGCCUUCCAAUUCCUGCGUAUGACCAGCUUCUGAAGACAUCUCAUGCUUUCAAUAUCUUAGAUUCUAGAGGUUAUAUUGGCGUAACUGAGCGUGCUCGUUAUUUUGGUAGAAUGCGUAGUUUAGCUCGGCAAUGUGCCCAACUUUGGUUAAAGACCAGAGAGGCCCUUGGACAUCCACUAGGUACUAUUUCUGAAACUAUGCAUCUUGAAUGUGCUAAGGAGGUUUUGGAUGAAGCAGUCAAAAAGAUGCAUGACAAACCAAGGUCAUUUGUUCUUGAAAUUGGGACUGAGGAAAUGCCUCCUCAAGAUGUAGUUCAUGCCAGCCAGCAACUUAAAGAUGCAGUGUUGCAAUUACUAGAAAAACAGAGGUUAAGCCAUGGUGACGUGGAAGCAUUCGGCACUCCUCGCCGACUAGUGGUUUGUGUUGAGAGUCUUUGUUCUAAGCAGCCAGAAGUAGAGGUUGAAGUGCGAGGACCCCCUGUUUCAAAGGCUUUUGACGAGCAAGGGAAUCCUACAAAGGCUGCUGAGGGUUUUUGCCGUAGAUACAAUGUUACCUUGGACUCAUUAUUUAUUAAGGUUGAUGGGAAAACAGAAUAUGUUUAUGUUCGUGUGACGGAGACUACUCGACUUGCUUUGGAGAUUUUAUCUAAAGAUUUGCCGCAUACCAUCAGUAAAAUAUCAUUCCCAAAGACUAUGCGUUGGAACUCUCAGGUCAUGUUCAGUAGACCUAUUCGAUGGAUAAUGGCCUUGCAUGGACAGUUGAUUGUUCCAUUUAUGUAUGCUGGAGUUUUAAGCGGCAACAAAUCUUAUGGCCUUCGUAAUACUCCUUCAGCUACUGUUCAGGUUGAAAGUGCAGAAUCUUAUGGUAGUAUAAUGAGGAAUGCUGGAAUCCGUAUUGAUAUUGAGGAAAGAAAGAGAAGUAUCUUGGAGCACUCUAAUGCAUUGGCAAAAAGUGUCAAUGGCCACAUCCUAAUUCAGAAAAACUUACUGGAUGAGGUUGUAAAUCUUGUUGAGGCACCUUUACCAGUUCUUGGGAAGUUUAAUGAGUCCUUCUUAGAGCUUCCAAAUGAUCUUUUAACAAUGGUCAUGCAGAAGCACCAAAAGUAUUUUGCUGUAACUGAUGACAGUGGAAAGCUUCUUCCGUAUUUCAUUUCUGUGGCAAAUGGACCAAUCAAUGAGAAUGUAGUUAGGCAAGGGAAUGAGGCUGUGCUCAGAGCUCGUUAUGAAGAUGCAAAAUUUUUCUAUGAGAUGGAUACCAGAAAAAAAUUCUCAGAGUUCCGGAGUCAACUAAAAGGGAUUCUUUUUCAUGAGAAGCUUGGAACAAUGCUUGACAAAAUGAUGCGCAUCGAGAACAUAGUCACCAAAGUAACUUUACUGAUGGGGGUCAGUGAAGAUAUGCUUCCGGUUGUCCAAGAUGCUGCAUCUCUUGCAAUGUCAGAUCUUGCUACAGCAGUUGUGACAGAAUUUACAGCCCUCUCUGGAAUAAUGGCACGCCACUAUGCUCUUAGAGAUGGCUAUCCAGAGCAGGUUGCAGAGGCCUUAUUAGAAAUUACACGUCCCAGAUUUUCUGGAGAUGUUCUUCCAAAAACUGAUGUCGGGAUAGUUUUGGCAGUUGCUGACAGAUUAGACAGCCUUGUUGGUUUAUUUGCUGCUGGUUGUCAGCCUAGUUCCACUAAUGAUCCUUUUGGGCUACGGAGAAUUUCUUAUGGUCUAGUCCAAAUAUUGGUGGAGAAGGAAAAAAAAUUGGAUUUGUUGCAUGCUUUAAGAAUCGCAGCAGAUGUUCAACCUAUUAAAGUUGAAGCUGACCUGAUAGAUGAUGCAUAUCAAUUUGUUACUCGGAGAUUGGAGCAGUAUCUGGUUGAUAAGGGAAUCAGUGCAGAUAUUGUUCGCUCAGUCCUUGCAGAACGUGCAACCUUUCCCUGUCUGGCAGCAAAGACGGCAUACAGAAUGGAAACUUUGUCAAGUGGCGAUCUUUUCCCAAAGGUAGUUGAAGCAUAUUCUCGUCCGACAAGGAUUGUUCGUGGAAAGGAUGUGGAGUCUGAUAUUGAGGUGGACGAGGCUGCAUUUGACACAGCUGAAGAGAAAGCCUUAUGGGACACCUUCAAGUCAGCAAAAAGCAAAAUCUAUCCUGAUAUUGAGAUAGACAAGUUUGUUGAAGUGUCUUCAGAGCUACUGCAGCCACUCGAGGAUUUCUUCAAUAAUGUCUUUGUCAUGGUGGAAGAUGAAAGGAUCAGGAAGAACAGACUUGCUCUUCUAAAGAAAAUUGCAGAUCUACCUCGAGGAAUAGCAGACCUCUCCAUUUUGCCAGGAUUUUAGAUGUUAUUAAACGAUUAUCUAGUAUUAGCCAAGUAUUAGAGGCGAAGAAAAGUCGAGGCAGAUUUUACGGUGAGUAAUGUAUAAUUAAUUCGGGAGUAUUAUUAUUUUGAGGGGAAGGGGUCGAUAUAAAUGAAGCCUCCAGGGUCCAGCUAUUGCGAGGCUUGUGAAAUUUUGUAACAUUUAUUUAUUAAGUUGUUUUUGUUUUAUUCAAUUUUAUUUGAGAA